AUUUGUACACUAGCCUCCUCUCUGAAAAGAGUUAUGCUGUGUUUUCAAUAGACAGCGUUUUUCUUUGUGUAGUUGAUCAAAACAGAGGGCAAAGUUAGUCAGCAAGUUGCAUAGCUUCUGCAUUCUGGGUCUUCAAGCCUGUUUUGUCUGAAGUUUGACAAUGUUCUACACCCUGUUUGACCUCACCGGGAUGCUGCAGAAAACAAUGAAAGGAGCAGACAAAGCCAUGGUGGCAGAGUCCUUUGGAAAUUGGGAAAGCAGCUCUGGUGGGUCUGGGAGCAUGGAGAAGCUGGAUGAACAGAGAGAGGAGAGUGGGGAGAAGAGCCCGUCCAAAAGCACCAGUCAGUCUACAGAGAAAGAGAAUGAAAUUCACACUCACCUUGUGAAGCGAAUAAAGAGUUGCACGUACAUCGACCAGUGUGGGCUGUGUGAAACAUCUUGUGUAUCGCCUUGUGUACAUCGAGAGAAGAUGGAAUCGGAAGGUGAAGAGUGCAGGGUCCAAGCAUGCAAGACCAGUAAGGUUCCUGUUGACUGUAUAGCAGAGUCUCUCAGCGCUUAUGGGUCGGUGGCGGCGGCGGCGGUGGCGGCGGGGAGGAAGAGGAGCGCGCGGGACGGGCCGAACGGAGCCCCCGUCAACAAGAGGAAGUCCCUGCUGAUGAAGCCCCGGCACUACAGCCCCAGCGAGGAGGAGAGCGAGGAGGAGAGCGAGUGGAGCGAGGACCUGGCAUCGGCGCAGGACAAAGAGGAACCCAGGAGCGCAGACACUCCAGCAGAUGGUAGCUUGAAUAAGCCGGGUGAGGGCAUCUCUACUGACUACCAAGAGACGAUAUCAAAAAGCCACGAUUCCCAAGGAUGGCACAGGGGUGCAGGCGACGAGCACCCCGCUGACGAGACAGACGUUUGCGGAGCCCCGACAGACGGGCACGGGGGGGAGGGGGCCGGGGAGCAGGGGGACGACGGCCAGGCGGGGACGGGGCCGGGGCCGGCGGCCGCGUCUUACCGUUCGCCCUGUCGCAAAGAGCCCGGCCACGAGGGCGGGAAGGGCCACUGGGACGACGAGGCCUACGCCAACGGGGUCGACGCGAGCCCUCCGAAGACGGCGAAAGAGGCGCGCGGGCGGAGGGCGAGCGGGGGGCCGUGCUAUGGGGACGAGCCCGACGCCGGGCCGGAGGGCUUCCUGAGCCGAGCGCGCGCUUUCCAGGCGGAGGAGCUGAGGUACAGGAGGGACUCCAGCGACAGCGAGGACGAGGGGGAGGCCCUGGGGCGCGAGGCCUGGGCCGGGGGCCUCAACGACCGCCAGCCGGAGAUGGACAAGGCCCGGAUGAACCUGAGCCUCCUGGAGCAGGCCAUGGUGCUCCAGUCGGAGCAGCGGCAGGUCCUCCACCACGCCUACAAGGAGAUGGACAGGUUCCUCCUGGAGCAGAUGAGCAACGAAAGGAGGCAGCACCAGAGGCUGCAGGACAUGGAGGCCCGCAGUGGCUUUAAUGGAUGCAAAGACUCUCCACGUUCUGACAAGAAGGACAUCAAGUGCCCCACACCAGGCUGUGACGGCACUGGACAUGUGACUGGACUGUAUCCGCAUCACAGAAGUCUGUCUGGCUGCCCGCACAAAGUGCGAGUCCCCCCUGAAAUUCUUGCCAUGCAUGAGAAUGUGCUGAAGUGCCCCACACCAGGCUGCACGGGAAGAGGCCAUGUUAACAGCAACCGCAGCACACACAGAAGCCUCUCGGGAUGCCCCAUCGCCGCUGCGGGGAAGAUCACAAAGCCUCAGGAGGAAGUGUCCCUGUGUGGACAGGUCUCUGACCGCCUUUCCAGACCUCCAACCCUGAUGAAGAAGUUUGAGUUUAACCAGUAUAACUACAGGUUUGGCCACCCUGUUAGCACCCUCCAAGCAAACCUUGCCAAGGACCUGGACAAGUACGGCAAGAUCCGCUUCGAUUACGCCAGCUUCGACGCGCAGGUUUUUGGCAAACAACCCUCGAUGCCCGCCUGCCAGGACCAAGAAAUCUCCCGCUUCUCUGACCAAACUCUGCAGUACCCCUGCCUCAUAACCCCGAGCGGUCAACUGGCCAUGCCCAGAGGACACAGCCCUGGUCACUACAACCCAGUGAAUGAGGAGCUCCAAGCCACCGCCGCCACUGCAGCCAUCCUCAACCUGUCCACACGAUACCGCGGCAACAUGGACGCCAUGGCUGCCAGACCCCUGGGCCCCUCCACAAAGGAUGUGCUCAUAGAGGUGGAUGAAAAUGGCACUCUGGACCUGAGCAUGAAGAAGAACCGAGAGAGAGUAAAAGCAGUGCCGACGGUGCCUUCCGGAGAAGCUCUGACUCCGCCCUCCAAGUCCGGCAGCUUACGCAUCACGCCCUCUUUCUACCAGGCCCUGUGCGAGCAGGAGGGCUGGGACACGCCUCUCAACUUCAGCAAAGCACACACUGCACAGGACAAAGAGAAAGAUGACUUGGAGCAUUCAGUCCCUGAGGACAGAAAGUGCCCUGGAGAUGUCACCAUGUCCAGUCCCAAGAACAAGAUGCUCUCCAGAGACGCAAAGAAAGAACUGAUGAGCUGUCCAACUCCAGGCUGUGAUGGGAGUGGUCAUGUCACAGGAAAUUAUGCUUCACAUCGAAGUGUUUCUGGUUGUCCAUUGGCUGACAAGACUCUCAAGUCAUUGAUGGCUGCCAAUUCUCAGGAACUCAAGUGCCCAACACCUGGUUGUGACGGGUCUGGUCAUGUGACUGGAAACUAUGCCUCUCACAGGAGUUUGUCAGGUUGCCCACGAGCCAGGAAAGGAGGCCUGAAGCUCACGCCAAACAAAGAGGAGAAGGACGAGCAAGACAUUAAGUGUCCGGUGAUUGGUUGCGAUGGCCAAGGGCACGUAUCGGGUAAAUACACAUCGCACCGAAGCGCAGGAAGCUGCCCCAUCGCUGCCAAGAGACAGAAGGAGAGCUCUAUUAAUGGAUCCACCUUCUCCUGGAAAGUCUGCAAACAGGAGCUGCCCCACUGUCCACUGCCCGGCUGUAAUGGACUGGGUCACGCCAAUAACGUGUUUGUCACUCACAGAAGUUUGUCUGGGUGCCCGCUGAACGCCCAGACUAUCAAGAAGAAGCUAUCAGGAGACGAGAUGAUGACCAUUAAACUGAAAGCAAGCAGCGGCAUAGAAAACAAUGAGGACAUGCAGGACUUGGACAACGAGAUCAAGGAACUGAACGAGUCCAACCUGAAAAUAGAGGCCGACAUGAUGCAGCUGCAGACGCAGAUAUCGUCGAUGGAGUGCAACCUCAAAACGAUCGAGGAGGAGAACAAGAUGAUCGAGCAACACAAUGACAGCCUCCUGAAAGAGCUGGCCCGCCUGAGCCAGGCCCUAAUCAACAGCCUCACCGACAUCCAACUCCCCCAAAUGGGGCCAAUAAGUGAGCAGAACUUUGAAGCUUAUGUGAACACGUUGACAGACAUGUACAACAACUCAGAACAUGACUACUCUCCUGAAUGUAAGGCUCUUUUGGAAAGCAUAAAACAAGCAGUGAAGGGCAUUCAUGUGUGAGUGUUCCAGUGAGCGUACGGUGUCUCUGUGUUAGGAAAAUGCUUCUGAGAGCAUAGAUCCUUAUGGGAAUGUCUGGUUUGGUUGUAUGUCCUUGAAAGACUUUUGAAACUGCUUUUCCGUUUCACAGCAUACACGUUGCACUGAAAAAAAGUCGUACCAAUACCAGCCGUGAUAGGAUGUGGACUUUAAAACAACAAUAUAUUUCUUUUUUUGUGGAUUUCCCCCCUUGCACUUAGUUUUUAUGUAGUUUUAUGGUCAAUUAAUUCUGUAUUUGUUAUAUUUAUGUAUGCUAAAAUGUAAUAUUAUUUAUUGUCUUAAUUUAUUUGUUUAUUUAUAGUUUUUUUUAUUUAUUCCUACCAUAUUUUAACAGCAAAAAUUAUUAAUUGUACAGUUUCUCUAAAGUAACCCAGUUGCCAGCUUAAUAUGUUGGACAGCAAAAAAAAAAUGCUUUCUGCACAUUGUAUAUAACAUUAUAGCACCUUCCACGUCAAUAUUAUUUUAAUAGAACUCUUUAUUACUGUAAUACAAAGAAAACAUUAUGUAAUGUCAUUUUACCGUGAAACAUGGGCCAGUGCUGCCAUCUGGUGGCGAUAAGUGUGCAAAUCCCCAAUACAAGUAAUGGAUGGAAAUAGACUAACUCCUUGUAGCUACAAACACAUGCAAAAUAAUCUAAACUUGUCCAUUGUUUUAAUGGUUUUUGGUUAAUAUUAAACAACAAAAUUGUGUUUAAAUGUAUGGCACAUUGACACAUCAUACUGAGUACUAAUAAAAGAAAAUGUAAUUCCUAAUAUUAUCUUUUUUAACACAUUUUAAAGUUAUUGGUGUCAAAUAAUAUCAGUUUAGUACUCUUGACCAGAAUGACCUGUUGACAAGAUGCAACCAUAUUAAAGUUAUUUUGAUGCGCUGAAUAUGUGAUCCAUGCAGAUUUCAGCCCUUAGAACAUAACUGCUAAGAAAAAAGGUGACAAUAUAACACUGCAAAUUUAUAACUGUAACUGUGUUCAUUUCCUAAACUGUAUUGAUAUGAACUGCCUUUUGUGUGCACACCCCUUGUGUGCAUAUAUGUGCCUAAGUGUAAAUGUGUACAUGAAAUAUAGUUUUCUCUGUUUUGUGGUACGAUAGUAUUAUGUGAAAUUGUGUCUAAUUUAUUAUACAGUACAAUUAUUUUUUAAGAAAUAAGUAGUGAGAGAUGUUUUUUCUAGCUUGGGUGCGCAACUGUCUAUAAACCAUUUCAUAUACUGUAUGUAAGCACAGCGGAAGUACUGCUGGCGCCAGGGUCAGUUCAUUUUAUGCGCUGUGGUGAGAACUUGCGCAAUAAGUUACACUCAAAAAAAACGAAUUUAUGGCAGCAUUACUUUUUUCGUCACACAACCUGAAAAAAAGCCCAGAUUAUGACAGAAAGUAAUACUACCUCAAAUGAGUUAAAGGCGGAAGAUACGUAUUUAAAAUGGAUUGACCCUGUGGUUUCAGCUAUGGGCUGCUACUGUAUUGGAGGAAGAGCCUGCAAGACAAUGACAUACGAUUGAUAUUAUUUGGCUCAUGAAAAUAACUCCCCGUAGUACCAAUCUCCCAUUCUUUUUUAAUUAUCACAUCAAAGGCUCUCUUCAUGGAAAGGCAACCACCAAAGUUUGAUUUCUUUUUUUUUGUUGUUUUUAUCACUGAAGACAAAAUUCAUUACAGUUCCCCUUACUAAAUAAAAAGUUAGCCAGCCAUAUAUAAUAGAAUAUAACUGUACAAUGUAUUUUUUUUUCCUGUUCAGUGUGUUUAUAAUGUAUAUACCUGUACUAAUAUUCCUACAGUAACUGGUUUCUUACCUUUAAGGACUCUAAAGUUACAGAAUGUCAGUAUGACUUUCAUGGCACUAUUUUAAUCAAUACUUACCAAGUCAUAUUUCUGCCCGGAAUAAUUUCUCUUCUCAUACAAUAAGAAAUGUUUAAGCAAUAAAUACCGCUGCACAAUUAGUCAAAACAUUGUUUCAGAUUAGCCAAAGUAAAUGCAUAAGUAUUAUUGUACCCUGUUGUGUCUAAAGGGAUAUUUUACAGACAUUGGAAGGACAAUAAAUUGUUAUUCAGCUCCAACUGAAGUGAAAUUUAUUCGUAAUGUACUAUUCAGAAGUGUUCCAGUACUUUGAUUGCAUCUUUUUUGCACAAAUAUUUCUUUUUAACUUUUGUAAAUAUUAAGUGACAAAUACCAAGAAAAAAGGGGAAGAAAUUCAAGAAAUUCCUUUGUUUUUUUUCCAAGUCCAGAGCCCUUGAUGUUAGAGUUUAUAAAUCAUGUUUAAGUUUUGUCAAAAUUUUUCAGGCUUGUAUUGGAUUCUAGGAUUCUCAUCAAUGAUUGCUAUGCUUUAAGUUAGAUUAGGGCUACUCCUUUUGUGCCGUUGAAAUUGAAUCACAUGAAUUACAACUAUAAAACCUGCCAACAGAAUGAACAUUUGCAAUGAAGCGCUUUUAUUUUAUACAAAAAGAAUCAACUCAUAGACUGUAAUUUUAUUAAAUUAAACUUAACCAUUUUGUUGAAAUUCAGUGUAUAACUUUAUAAUUCUGCUUAUUUAUUUGUAAUUGUUAAUAUUUAAUUUAUAUGCCACGCAUUGUUUGCUCAGGAAGUUUUGUGAAGAAUAUUUAUUUUUUCCCUGUUUGUACUUGAUGUGUUUUGUAAUGUGACCUGGAUUUUGUGUCGAACGAUAUUGGUACUAUGAAUCUGUAUUGUAAAUUAGUUUCUUUCUUUUUAAUUACAAAGUUCUGCUUUUUCAUUUCAAGUAGUUUAUAUAUUGAAGUCCUUAUACUUUUACUAUUUAAAAAAAAACAGAUAUGCGCUGUGUUGUACAGUUUGUGUAUGGUAGAAAUAAACUUUUUAAAUGGC